AUGGAGAUCGCGGAGACCACGGAGACCCCAGGCGGCCAGCGCGCGCGCUGCCGCCUCCAGGUGCCGGCUGCUCCCGAACGCCAGACGCGGCGCGGGGGCGCGUACUCCGGGUACCGCGUCUCGGUCCCGCCCUGCGCCUCCCCGGCUCCAUCCCUCCCGCCUGCGCCUCCUCAGCUCCUCCCCUCCGCUCUCUCACCCCCGCACCCUCCAGGCCCUCGCUCAGAUGCGGUCGGUUCUCCCGGGUCGGGGCUCACGGCUCCUCUGCGCGCCUUCCGCUGCCCACCUCGCAGAUCCGCAGGCUUCUGGAGACCGUGGGUGGAAGACAGUGGCGAGGAGGAAGAGGCGCCGCACCACGCCGCGAAGGCGAUGCCAGAUGGCCCCGGAAUAACGGACGCCUCAGAAAAGCUUUCCCGAUACAGACACCCAGUCAGACUAUUUUGGCCAAAAUCAAAGUGUUACGAUUACUUAUAUCAAGAAGCAGAAGCUCUUCUGAAAAAAUUUCCAAUUCAAGCCACAAUUUCAUUUUAUGAAGAUUCUGAUAGCGAAGAAGAAAUUGAGGAGCUGAUCUGUGAAAAUUAA